CGAGCGGACUUGUCGCGGAGUGUAAACGGGAGCGUAAGCGAACCAAAAACAGCGUAAAUAGUGAAAUAACCUAACCAAACUUUAACAAAACCUUAAAAUAAAGGAAAAUGUCCGCUUUGAAAAUGUCGCGUUCAAAACCAACGAAAACCCAAUCCAUAUACUUUUAUCUACAUGCCGGACUACUCGUGCUCAUUGGCUGCCUCGAUCAGUUGCCAAGAGUUGCGGCAGGAUCGUGCCGCGAGGCUCAACUCUGUUGCAAUGGGCGUGACUCCUCAUGCGUUGUGCAGAAGGCGCCCAUUAAUGCCAUUAUUGAGGAUCUGAGUGACAAGCCAUGCUAUUGCGAUCAUGCUUGCCUCAAGCUCGGUGACUGCUGCGAAGACUUCAAGGAUCAUUGUGGAGUUCUGGACUGCCAGGUCAGCGAUUGGGGCGCCUGGAGCGAAUGCGAUAAAAGCUGUGGUACCGGCAUGAUGACGCGAACCCGCCAGGUCCUGCAGCCGGCACAGAACGGUGGCAAGCAUUGUCCAUCGCUGUUGCAGAAACGAGGCUGCCAAGGUUAUCACUGCCACGGACAUCGCGAUAAGAAGAUUUUGCGCGAAAUGGCUCUCCUGUUGCCUGCAGCCUUAUCGCACAAUCGCCAUGCCAACGACAGCAGCGACAUUCGACGCAAUCUGCGCACGCGCUAUCGCGACUCCUACAAGCACAACCGCGAUCAUGAGUACUGCGUGGAAUUCGAGGUAAUCAAAGCAUCGAAGGCCUGUCACAAGCUGCCUCCCUACAAUCUAAUGCUGGAGGGCGAUCGCAUUACCGUGCGCUGCGAUCUAGAGGCACUCAUACAGGACAGUGCGCCGAUUUCGAAGGCCAUUAGUACAACAAGCAGUACCACCACAACAACAACACACCGAUCGUUGCCGGCCAAGCAAUAUUUGACAGAUGAAGCUGGCGGCGCCGUUGGUAACGACGAAAUGGAUGCCGAUGAGGAUGCAACGCCAGAGAGCAAUGAGGACGACAACGAGGCUGGCAACGGCGAGGACGAAGAUGACGAGGAUGAGGCACAAAAUAUGCUAAAUACGGACAGCAACGAGAGCUUUGAGUACAAGCAGCGUUCGAAGCAGCGAUCAUCAUCAUUGUCGUCACCGCAUCGACAGCGUUCCCUAAACUCCAAACGCAGUGCGACAACGCCGCCAUUGGUGACACCCCAGCCCCAGAGCUAUCAUUGCCGUGGUGAAGGUCUGUCCGGGCGCACGACGCGCUGGAGCGCUCUGGCGGCGCCCUCAUGUCGGGGCAAGUGGCUGCGUCUAACCGUCGGUCCGCCCAAGAAGUGCAAUCAUGCGCAGUUCAUAUUUGUCUAA